AUGUCUCGGCCGGACAUCCAAAGCCACCCUCCAUGGCGCGGCCAUUUCUAUCUCCCGUUUGAGUGCGGGUUGUGUGCUGGGCCUGUCAAGCGGCAUAGUCUCGCCUACGCGUUGGUGUCAACCCCGGACUCGAUGAACCUGCAAGAAACUACGCGCCCAUUUGUGUUCCCCCAUGGCGCCACAGGCUCUGGAGGCACCGAGCCGGACGACGCAGAGCCCGUUGUCCGUAUCGGCGACUGGGCCGUUGGCGCACGUUUCAACGUCGAGCCCGAGCCGCCCGGCCGCUGUGUGGAGUGUACCGUCAUCCAUGCCGACUGCUUUCACUUAUACAAGGCAUGCACUGGCCAUAAUCAGGACGCUUCCCAGGCUUCCCAGGCUUCCCAGGCUUCCCAGGCUUCCCAGUACCUCUGGUUUCUCGGUUUGUGGCGCCAGCCUUGGAAUCGUACCAAAACGUUGCAGGGCAUCCGGCCGCUGCCACGCGAGAAAUUUAUGUGCAGUAAAUCUGCAAUUUCCUACAUACUGAAUAAGGUAGGCCUAUCGGAUUUUGUAAUGCGCCUUCCAUGGGAGAUUGUCAGCUACAUUUUCGAAUUUUCAAAAGACGCGCCGCUAUGGAAGGCGGCGCGCGCAGCCACCGUUGCCUUUGAGCGCCGCCAUGAUGGAGUAGAUGGAUAUACUUUGGUACCGGCGCUGGAAAUUGCAUCAUGGAAACGCGGCCACUCAUCUCCGGAAUUACGUGGACCCUCUGACAAGACGAAGCAGCUAACACGUUUCACCAUCGAUUCACAAGGACUCAGACGAAUUGAACGCAUCGCCAAGCCGUCCUCGCUACAGCCUAGUCCUGUGUCCAAGGAUCGUGAAUAUGUUGUUGCCGAAGAGGAGGAGCUACAGUCUGUCCAGUUAAUUUUCAAGCGUGGACGAGCGCGUCUUCACACACCUGACGGUCAUCCUGGUUUCACCACUUGGGAUAUGCCGCUCCCUCCUCCGAAGCCGUCAAGCUCAGCGGGACUUCGCGAUGAUAUGUCCCACUGGGUCAAGGAUGGCGCUCCGUUGAGUCGCUUUUGCGGCCAGCAGGUGUCUGCUAGCCGGUUCCAGACGGCGUAUCUCGAAGGAGCCACUGGCAUAACAUUUGUCUUCCAUAACACGUUUCUCGCCCACAUUGCCGCCCAUAACCCGAGGAACCCACUUGCACAACUGCCAUACGAUACAGAUGUACUAGAAGAGGUCGGAGGAUCCCCGAUGGAGGAGUUCUCAGAACUUGCCUGGACAUACGUGCCUCUACCGCCAGGCGACAAGAUCUUGUCCAUAGGCUUUAGUACAGACGGUUGGCAGCAGCGUAUAGUACGGCCCGGUAUGAUGAUCCACACCAAGUUAGCUGGAACGCUUUUUGUUGGGUUCCUCAUGCCAUUAAGAAGCCCAUAUAUACCACUUGGUGAAGAGCCAGAGCUUCUGUUCACAAGACUACAAGCCCCUUUUGUGUCAGGUGUCGGGGCGUAUAGUUCGAAGCCAGUCUCGGAGUUUCUGUAUUCUGAAAAGAUCAGAAAUUUCCCAAGAGAAAUGACGUUUGGCCAACCCGAUCCUUUCAAGCUGACGUCAUUUGCGCCGCUCGAUGAUCUUGUUCGUUUAGACAUAGUUGAGGAGCCAACGGCUGGCGUUCUUCGAGGCCUAAUGCUUUAUUACACCAACGGCGCACAACGAGUAGUCGGACAGUAUCGGAUUGGUCACCAUCAACUCAGAACUUACAUGCAACCUAAAUGCUUGUGCCUGAAAUAUGACCCUCAGCAGGGCACAAUCCCGGUGCGACAGCUAGUCCGGGCGACUGCCAGUCCUAGCUGCGAAGAGGGCCAUGAGUCGCAUACAAGAAGGCAAGGAUUUGCGUGCUUUCGCUUGACGGGCUUUAUCCGUGCCGAGUUUGAUUUCGAUACCAUCUCACUUCGCUUUGCGGACCGCGACUCCAAGUUGGCCGUUCCCAUUGCGGCUCGAAGGGAGCACGUAGCCCUCGAUGGAUAG